AUGAUUUUGCGAGCAAUUGGCUACCAAAAAGACAGCGAAAUUGUUGCUUUUCGCCAAAACUGCUGGAAUUUGAAAUGCAGAAACCCGGGAAUCGAUGUCGACUAUUUGAUUGCAGCGCUGAAAUUGACGGGACUUGAAGCUGAGGUGAUUCCAAUCGAUUACCCAGCCCCAAAAGCCGUUGAAAUGAUUGCUAAUGGAAGCGCCGAUCUCACCGUUCACGCAAUCAUUCAAAAUGUCGAGCGGCUCGAAAAGGUCGACUUCACUGUACCAAUCAAUUACCUCGUUUACGGCUACAUGAUAAUGGAAAUCGACGAGUUUCAAAUCAAAGAUUUCAUUCUCAGCUCACUCCAUCCCGAGAUGCUUCUUCUAUUACUGAUGGGACUCCUGAUAAAAAGACAUACUCUUGCCAAUUCAUUCUUUAUGAUUUCAUGGUUUUGGUUUUGCUUUUUCUUCACACUUCAUUUCGAGAGUGCUAUGACAAGUGCUUUUACUCUAUCGUCAAGGAGAGGCUACGACUUCAUAAAUCUCGACGGCUUAUUGGAUGCAGUUGAGAAAAAAGGAUGGCAUAUUCUUGUUCACGAGGAAAUCGGUUGGAAUCCAAUGGCUUUUUGCAAACAUUUUUACAAUCAAUGCAACCGUUUAGAGAACGCUUUGAAGAAAGCCGUUCACGUUCCACGAAGCUGGAAUCCGGAUAACCAUCUGACCUCAAAAUCCGUCCUCUUUGUUGGCCUCCACGAACAUCUCGUUCCCACCGAUGUCAUCAUUUUGAAUCGAGAGAAAAGACUACUUUUCAUCAAAGAUUCCUCUCUCCAGCCGAGCCAUCUCUCAUUUGCACUCAACAAAAAUUUAUCAAAGGACAUUCUGGAGAAAUUGAACCGAGGACUCGAAACGAUUCAAGGGUCUUAUGCUAACUUUGCAGCCAGAUACGCAAACCCGUUCACGCCCUAUGUUCGUUCUGUUCACUCGUCCGGCGAAUUCUACGCGCUCGGUCUGCUCUAUUUGUGGCCACUCUUUCGUCUCUGUCUCAUUUUCAUCGGUCUCUCCAUUGGAGCGCUCCUCAUCGAAGUGAUUCAGAAGAGAAUCCACUAUAAAAAGUUCAAGUUG